CAGUUAACUCUGCAUGAUCGUAAUAUAAAUAGAGAAUUGAACUUCAAAGUUUAUAGCAGAAUGUAGAAUAUAAUAAAUCGAUCAGUUAUAAUAUCGUACAUGAUAUAGUUGCUGGUUGGAAAUGGUCUGACCUAGCAUCAAAGCCAAGUGGUAUCAUCAGCUGGAAUUUCUCACCAAAUGAAUCAUUUUUUGGAAUCAAAAGAUAGUUCCGACAAAUUCUACGGAGUAAUUGUGGUGAUGAUGGAAAUGUAGUAGUGCAAAACACAUUCAAAAUGUUAUAUACAUAUUCGGAAUCUCAUUCAGACGUCGAAUCAGAGCAUCAUGCCAGCUCGGCCAGACACAAAGCCAAACAAACAGUUUAUAAGCAUUCAAAUUUUAAGGACAGGAGAACAUCUCAUGUACAAAACAGAGCUAGCACAGAUUUGAAACGGAGAUCUAGCGAUAACAGCACAUUUAAUGCGAAUUACAAUCAAUCGAAUGAGGCAUACAGUGUUCAGAAAUGUAAAAGAGAGACGUGUCAUGGCUCAGCAUCAUCGAGCGGAACUGGGGACUCUUCUGGAAGUACAUGCAGUGAUGGCGAUUCCUCGUCAUCAUAUGAAGAUUCUAACUUACCAUAUCCUGGAUUUGCGGAGUAUUCUCUCAAAUAUCUCAGUCAAGAUACGAAACCUAGAAUAUGGUGCCUACAGCUAAUAACAAACCCGUGGUUUGAACGUGUGUCUAUGUUAGUCAUAUUAUUAAACUGUGUUACGCUAGGAAUGUAUCAACCGUGUGUAGACGAUGCCUGCGUUACAAACAGAUGUAAAAUAUUACAGAUAUUCGAUGACAUAAUCUUCGCGUUCUUUUCAUUAGAAAUGACCAUCAAAAUUGUUGCCAUGGGCGCAUGGGGGAAAGGCACUUACUUGGCAGACUCAUGGAAUCGAUUGGACUUUUUUAUUGUACUAGCUGGUGCUUUAGAAUACUGUCUACAAGUUGAAAAUUUGAAUCUUACUGCGAUAAGAACGAUCAGAGUACUACGACCUCUCCGAGCAAUCAACCGAAUACCAAGUAUGCGCAUAUUGGUUAUGCUAUUACUUGACACAUUGCCUAUGCUGGGUAAUGUGUUGCUAUUGUGCUUUUUCGUGUUUUUCAUUUUUGGAAUUGUUGGUGUUCAACUGUGGGAAGGAAUCCUCCGACAACGUUGCGUCAUUAAGCUACCAGAUAACGUAUCCGCUCCAAACAUUUUUACGCCCCGUAAUCAUUACUAUAGAAUAGUGACCCAGAAGCAAAGGAAAUCUGACAUUUCAUUUUACUAUGAGUUUUCGAAAGAACAAGACUACAUAUGUUCAAAGCCGGAUGAUUCAGGAAUGCAUUUAUGUAACAACUUACCACCGUACAGAAUAGGACCACUUGUUUGCAAUGAUUCAGCGAUACCUCUUUCCAAUAAUAUACCUACGCCUACUUCAUGUGUCAAUUGGAAUCAGUAUUACACAAAUUGCACCCAGCUUGGAAACAAUCCAUUUCAAGGAACUAUUUCAUUUGACAAUAUUGGAUUGGCAUGGGUCGCUAUAUUCUUGGUUAUAUCACUUGAAGGGUGGACCGACAUAAUGUAUUAUGUACAAGAUGCACAUAGUUUUUGGGAUUGGAUAUAUUUCGUAUUAUUGAUUGUGAUCGGAUCCUUCUUCAUGAUUAAUCUAUGCCUAGUCGUAAUAGCAACACAAUUUUCGGAAACCAAGAAACGAGAAAUGGAACGUAUGCGUCAGGAGAGGGCACGAUUUACAUCGACAUCUACACUUGCAUCUAGUACAAAUAAUUCAGAACCAACAACUUGCUAUGCUGAAAUAGUGAAAUACAUCGGCCAUUUAUAUAGAAGAUUUAAACGACGCAUCAUUAAGAAGUUACGAUUGUAUAAGCGUCAAUUAAAACAUGGAAAUGAAGGAUUAUUGCCACACACACCAGAAACAUUGACUUUAUCGCCAAAUAAAAUUAAAGUGCACCAUCCAAAAUGUCCUAGACUACAAGCACUUCCUCACACCAAUGCUCAGAAAAAUAUCCAAGAAGGCAACCCACCAUGCACAAUAUAUCCGAAAAUACCAAAAAAUACAUGUGCUACAAGUGGCGAGAAACGCCAAUCGUCACCAGAUGUUUCAGAAAUGAUUUCAUUGGAAAACAUUCGCAAUAACAACUUGAACAUCUGUUCCAACUACUCUGGUUUGGAAGACAGGCAUAAACAUGUGUUGUUGAAAGUUCCGAAUAAUGAAAAUAAGCAAUCAGCAGCAAAUUCAUUAAGCCCACCAUCAACAGGUAGAAGAAGAUCAUCUGUUAUGUUUAACGAAUAUGUUGUACUUCAUACACCUCCAACCAUUCCAGAACCAACUGCAGAUAAAAAUGUUUAUUGUUUAGAAAAGAUGACUCAAACAAACGAUGGAGGUAUCUGGCAGGUUAGUUUACCACAAUCCAUCCAUGCUAUGACAAACGUGUUCAAUGAUUAUUCGGAUUUGUGCUUGACGGAUGCAAUGACUUGUCAAGAGCUAUUGGCAUUUUCAGUAGCCUUCUCUGCCGCAUUGCCAACAGGUCAAACUACAUUAGAGUCAUUCUAUUCAACACUCAAAAGGAAUCGAACGACUGAAAUAAACAACCGGAACACAUUCUUAGUGUCAUCAACUGGAAAUAUACAAAGCUUCAAUGCAGAUACUGUGUCACUAAAAUCAUCCGGAAAUGUAUCUAAAAGUUUGCAACAGGAUUCAUCGAAUAUGAAUAAUAUAAACAACGACGAGUUCUCGUGCUGUUACGACCUGUAUCAAAACAUCGGAACAACAAAUCACCAGCGAAGGAAAAGAUCUAAAGCAUACAAUUGUGUGACAUAUUGUUUCAAAAUGAUUCAAAAAACCUUCCAUCAUACAAGAGUUUUCAUAAGACAAAUAGUAGAACAUAAAUACUUCCAACAAGGGAUAUUAUUUGCUAUCCUCAUCAACACUCUAUCAAUGGGCAUCGAAUAUCAUGAUCAACCAGAGGAGUUGACGGCAAUUGUAGAAACAAGUAACAUUGCAUUUUCGGCUAUUUUUGCUGUGGAAAUGGUUUUGAAAGUAAUUGCAGAGGGUCCGUUUGGCUAUGUUGCGAAUGGAUUUAACGUUUUCGAUGGCGUGAUUGUGAUAUUAAGUGUUGUCGAGCUUGGUCAAUCUUAUUUGGGCGAAGGACAAGGGAAUUCGGGUUUAAGUGUUCUCAGAACGUUCCGAUUACUGCGAAUUCUGAAACUGGUACGGUUUAUGCCGAAUUUAAGACGUCAACUUUUUGUGAUGUUGAGAACCAUGGAUAAUGUGGCCAUAUUCUUUUCAUUGUUGAUAUUAUUUAUUUUCAUAUUCAGCAUACUUGGCAUGUACCUUUUUGGAGGUAAGUUUUGUAAAUUUGUCGAUGAAACUGGACAAGAGAGGGAAUGCACUUGUCCUGAAAUUGUCUCCAAGCAUCCUUUAUGUGAAUGUGACCGAAAACAUUUCAACAAUUUUCUUUGGGCCACCGUUACUGUAUUUCAAAUACUUACCCAAGAAGAUUGGAAUGUGGUAUUAUUCAAUGGGAUGGAAAAAACAAGCCAUUGGGCUGCUUUGUAUUUCGUAACAUUGAUGACAUUCGGAAACUAUGUAUUGUUCAACCUUUUGGUUGCAAUCCUGGUGGAAGGAUUUAGUUCAGAGCGAAACGAACGCCGAGAACGUGAACAGAGAGAACUGGUGAAAGCAAAACUGAAUGCCGAAUCUUUAGCUGCCCAAGAGCAAGGGAGUGAAAGUUUUGAUGAACCGAAAAGUUUUUCGGAAUCAACAACAAGUGAUAGUUACAAUGAAGUAAAAGGAAAAUGGUUCAGUGCAGAAGAGUUGCGAAAGAUACGGGAUAUCAAAUGUAAUAUACAAAAAGAACGACUACUGCAGCCUGGCUAUGAAGAUUUCAAUCUGUCCAUUCCAAAACUAAAUUCAGAGAAGGAUGUAAUCAAUUCUGCAGAUAUAUAUUCUACCAAAAAAAAAAAAUGUGAACAAUUGAAAUUGUAUAAUAUUCACAUUACGGAACCUCCAAUGAUUACUACUACUGCAGCUACACCCCAAGAUUCACCAAGUGCAACACUUGAGGCCAGUAUUAAUUCCAAAGACUGGGAGAAUAUCGACUUUGAACAUCUUGAAAAAAGCUGUAGUUCCACACUGCUUAAACCUCCGCCAAUACUUGGAUCAUUGAAAACUCUAGACGAUCGUAUGUAUUUCGAAGGCACACCUGUAUUGAAUGAAAUGAUAAAGAAAUCGGAUAGAUCAACUGUUAUCGGCGAAUGUAAACUAACAUCAACCAGCAAAUAUCAAAGAACAUCAUCAAAUCAUAGUUCUCAAAAAACAAAAAUUGGGCGGAAGCCUAGUUUGAAACGACGAAAAGAUAGUUUUAGAGAAGAAGAGGUUUUAAAUAACGGUAAAUGUGUCGCACACGGCCGAGGUCAAAUCCCUGUCGAAAGUCGAAAAAACGAUUCUGUAUUACCCAAAAGUUUCAGAAUACAAAAUGAUACUCAAAGAGAGAAACAUGACAUACCAAGGAGAAGCUCAGUGAGGAGAUCAUCAUCUAUUAAAAUCGAUAGUGGGCCAGGAAGCAUAGCAAGCAAUAUUAGCGCUGCAUCAUAUUCCAAAUACACAAACAAUGACAAAAACAAAUACUACUUCGAUCGAAAAAGUUCCUUGAGGCUGAGUGACAUCAAAUCACCUAACAAUGCUCGACGGAUGUCAGCGUUUGAACAAACGUAUCAAAAGCAAUCGUUAAUAAGUGUGCACAAUUUAGAAUUGUCAAAAAUACAUGAAGAGCUAACAAAAAAUAAAAUAAAUAAUGCUUCUAUAAGUAGUGCCACUAGUGCGCUUCUCCAGGAUCCAACAACAGAAAACCUGAACUCGAAGCAAAAAAAUAAGUCUAAAAGUCGAUUAAAACAAUUUUUCCGAUAUAUUACCCCAAACAAUUUUGUCGAGGAACGCGAUUUGUACACUUUGUAUAUUUUCCCAGAAGGCAACAGGUUUCGAUUGAUAUGCUCAUGGUUCGUAAAUCAGAAAUGGUUUGAUAAUGUAAUAUUAUUGUUCAUCGCCCUGAAUUGUAUCACUUUGGCUAUGGAGAGACCAAAUAUCCCACCGACAUGCACAGAACGAUAUUUCCUGUCAACAGCAAAUUAUGUUUUUACAGUAGUUUUUGCUGUAGAGAUGUUUAUCAAGGUGGUAGCCACAGGAAUGUUUUAUGGUCAAGAUGCAUAUUUUACCUCGGGUUGGAAUAUUAUGGAUGGUUCCCUUGUUAUCAUAUCCAUAAUAGAUCUGUUAAUGUCAUUGAUCAGUGAAUCAAGUCCCAGGAUUUUUGGCAUACUUCGGGUAUUCAGACUGUUACGAUCAUUGAGACCUCUACGUGUUAUCAAUAGAGCGCCAGGAUUGAAGCUUGUAGUGCAGACGUUAUUAUCGUCAUUGAGACCUAUAGGAAAUAUAGUGUUGAUUUGUUGUACCUUCUUCAUAAUAUUUGGUAUUUUGGGAGUGCAGUUGUUCAAAGGCACGUUCUAUUAUUGUGAGGGCGAAAACAUCAAGGGCGUCAAAAAUAAAAGUGAUUGUCAGUCAAUAAAUGGAAACGUUUGGAUCAAUAGGAAAUAUAACUUCGAUGACCUUGGCAAAGCUUUGAUGUCACUAUUUGUGCUGUCCUCACGAGAUGGUUGGGUGAACAUAAUGUAUACUGGACUCGACGCAGUUGGUGUUGAUCAACAGCCAAUCGUGAACUACAAUGAGUGGCGUCUACUGUACUUUAUUGCCUUCAUACUUCUUGUGGGAUUCUUCGUAUUGAAUAUGUUUGUGGGAGUUGUAGUAGAAAAUUUUCAUAGAUGUCGAGAGGAGCAAGAAAAGGAAGAAAAAAUACGCCGUGCUGCUAAACGCGCUUUACAAAUGGAGAAAAAAAGAAGGCGUAUGCAUGAACCACCCUAUUACACCAACUAUUCUCCAUUACGGCUGUUCGUUCAUAAUGUGGUAACAUCAAAAUAUUUCGACUUAGCUAUAGCGGCUGUUAUUGGACUUAAUGUGGUUACGAUGGCAAUGGAGUAUUACAUGAUGCCCUUGGCUUUGGAAUAUGCCCUUAAAAUAUUCAACUAUUUCUUCACGGCUGUGUUCAUACUGGAGGCCAUUAUGAAAUUAGUAGCAUUAGGCCUGAAAAUUUACAUGAAGGAUAAAUGGAAUCAAUUAGAUGUAGCAAUCGUCAUUCUGUCAAUCGUAGGAAUUGUGUUAGAGGAAUUGGAAACAAACAUUAUUCCAAUCAACCCAACGAUUAUUCGUGUUAUGCGUGUUCUCAGAAUAGCACGUGUACUUAAAUUAUUGAAAAUGGCCAAAGGAAUCAGAGCAUUAUUAGACACAGUAAUGCAAGCGUUACCACAAGUUGGCAAUCUAGGACUUUUAUUCUUUCUUCUGUUCUUCAUUUUUGCUGCACUGGGCGUCGAACUUUUCGGUCGACUCGAAUGCUCAGAUGAGGUGCCAUGUCAAGGAUUAGGUGAACAUGCACAUUUUGCCAACUUUGGAAUGGCUUUUUUGACGUUAUUCCGGGUUGCUACUGGUGACAAUUGGAAUGGUAUAAUGAAAGAUACCUUAAGAGAUGAUUGCGACGACGCAGCCGAUUGCGUCAAAAAUUGCUGUGUUAGUACAAUAAUUGCCCCAAUAUUCUUCGUAAUAUUCGUGUUAAUGGCUCAGUUUGUCUUAGUUAACGUUGUAGUAGCUGUUUUGAUGAAACAUCUAGAAGAAAGUCAUAAGCAGAUGGAGGAUGAAUUAGAUAUUGACACUGAACUUGAAAGAGAAUUCGAAAGGGAACAAGAAUUCGAAGAGGAACAAGCUUUGUGUAUGCAGCUUGAAGAUACUCAAAAAAAGAUACAAAAACGCCCUCUGACUAAAGUGUCUUCUUUACCAUCCAACUUCACUUAUAGCACACCAAUAUUAGAAAAAAAAUCUAAUUUACAGCGUCGGCAAACAAUUCAAUACUUUAAUCAAACCACAGCGUCGAUAUGUAAUUCUUACACUAAUACCAAUUCCUAUGAUGAAGCAGCGGAACAUAAUAUGUCAAACGAUGAGGACGAGCCAACGAGAGCGAUCGAUGGAAAUGACAGCGUCAAAAGCUGCAACAGGAAAAUUCAUAUAAGUAAAUCACUUUUUAACAAAAAUAUUGAAAAACGGGCUUCUACAGACGAAUUAAAAAAGCGUAAAGUUAUUGACAACUUAUCAAAAAAUGAAAACGAGUCAAUUAAAAGUACCAACAACUGGGAAGAUCAUCAAAAUUAUCACAAAUCGAUAGACACAGAAAAUAAUUUGAAAUUAUCCUGUCCGACAAUCAUUUCCACUGGUAAAGGAAUACCGAAAAAUAAUAAAACUGAUUAUCGUCAAUUAAGUCUCGAUUGUGAUGCAAAAACUAAUUUGGUACAUGAAAAUUCAAAUGUCCCAAAUGAUAAUAAUGUGAUUUUUCCUAUACCAACAAGCAGCAACGGUACAGCAAACGCUAUGGUUGGAAACAAAUCGUUCUUAUCUGUGCCCAAAUUACAGCCUAAAAGUCGUUCUGGUAGUACGAAACAAUUGUUUAAACAAGCAGCUUUAGAUGAAGACACUGAAACUAAUGAGAAUUCCUUGUUGUUGCCGUCAGUUUCAAAUACAGCUGCCUUAGAGAAAGAACGUUCAUUCAAUCUUCUGAACGUCCAUAACGAAAAUACUUAUUCAGAUGGAACUGUCAAGAAAUCAGAGUCAUGCGAAAUUUUGCGAAUUAUAUCAGAACGAAGAAAAGUAUAAACAUGAUUCAAUUAUUCAGUUUCUACUCUGAAUCCAUAUGUAAGAAAAAUAGAAAGAAAAAAAUAUUCUUAACAUUUAUGUUUAGUGAAAAUAUCAAUAACUAUAUAUGAUGGAUUCGUUUACAAAUGUGCGCUUCUUUGUUUUGAAUCAUCCAUAAUUUCGAAUAAACUUCACUUAUCUUAUUUGUGGAUGAAUCUCACCCAAUAACAUUCUAAACGAAUCAAUGUGGAUUUUUACACAUUAAAAUAAACGACAAUCAGAAGUAACGUAGAAGUACUGUUUAAACAUUGCAUUCUCAGCAGUCCGAAUAGUGAAUAUUUUUUGUUCAUUUUCCUGCGUAUAUAUUCAAUGAAAGUUUUAAAAGUUAUGAAUAAGCGAGCCGAGAAGAAUUUAAAAUAUUGCAAACGGUAAUUUGAGAAAAUUCCUCAAGGUGAUAUGCGGAAAAAUUGAUGGAAUUCCUAAUUAGUAGUUCAAUUUGUCAAAUGAUUCAGUAUGUAAUUGUUUUUUAGAAGAAUUUGUGAAAUGUAAUGUGUUAUAUGAACAUGCGACUAUUGCCAGUCUUAUAUAUGCCAACCGCUCAAGAGGCAUAAUUAAUCCAUUCUUAACAGUAUUCAUUAUUCAACUAAUUCAUAGUUAAUCUUUUUUGUUCAACGUUGCAUUUUAUAAUCAUAAUAUCAAUAAUACUUUAAUUUUAAUUAUUCUAAUCAAACUAUAUUCAUGGAAUAAUCUGAUCUGAUCAUUUUUAUCACUAUACAAAUGAAUCAAAUAUUGUUGUUAUUUUUUGAUAAUGAAUAGUUUUUGGAAAUAGACAAUAUUAUUUUCAUUAUAAAUACAACUUUGAAGAAAAAAUGAAGGUUCAUGUUUAAAUAGUGAAAACCAAAAAACAAUUCAAUAUUUUCGGAUAAUAUAAGAAUUAUACAUGAACUCAGAGUGCAAUUAUGGCUCAUACAAGAAACGUAAUUCAGUGAUUUUCAAACUUUCCAAGGAAAGAAUGAAUUAUAAAUACAAUUGUCAAGUGCUAUAAAAAGGUCUCUAGAGGUUGUGUAAAUAAUCGAUGUUUAAAUUUAUAAAGUUUAUUAUUUUAAUUUAUUAGAAGUAAUAUAAAGAAUGACAAUCUGUAAGUAGCCUUUCUAUUUUAACUAUUGAAUCACAUACAAACAAAAAAGUAUUGUUAACAUCAGUAAAACAGGAAUUACUUAACUAUGUAUUGCCAAAUUACAAUUAAAUAAGAACAAAAUAAAAACAUUAGUUUUACUGAACCUUCAAAUACUUCCAAUACAUAAUUGACAACAAUUUCCAACCCAGCCGUAACCAUGACUCAAAUAAAAGUAUACUAUGCUUCAGAAGAUAGAUUUGAUAAUAUUAUUACCCUACUUUAUCACAACAACAUUAUAAGAACAUAUAGCUUAGAUCUGAUUAUACAUCGAAUGUUUGUAUAGUAUUCAUAUUAUUCAACAAUCCUAAAAUUCGAUCAAUAUCUCUUUCAAUUUUUGAUAACCUGACAUUAAAGUCGCCUUUUUCCAAAAGGUGUUUUCUCUUAUUUCUAGAAUGUAAUAUUUCUUUAGCAUAUUUCAUUAUUUUGUUGUCCAUUCUCGAAAACGUAGGCAAAACGCAACAGCCGAUAGUUAAUUUGAAAUUCUCAUUGUAGCACGCAUCGUUGGGCAAUAAUUCAAUAUGACUUUCUACGUCCAUUACAGAUCCUGUGUUCACAUUCGUCUUGGGCCUGGGUAUAAAUAUUUUAUUGGACUGAUUCGGAGCAACGAUAACAUUAUAGAAAGGCAUAUAAUCCGGAAAAAGCUGCAGAAACGUUGUAGGAAAUAUGUAGAAUACAAUUUUUGUU